AUGGCGAGAAAGCUCAGUAUAUUGGAAGUCCUUCUGAUCAUUUUCAAUAUAGUUGUAUUGGCAGUAGAUAUCCUUUUGUUGCUUCUUGUGCUGGAGGAUUCUCCAGGUUCAUUUACUCCAGAUUGUCCAAACAUUGCUGAGUCAGAAAGAAUAGACUGUGCACCCGGCGAGGUGGUGACAGAGGAUGUCUGCAGAUGGCAGUAUAAAUGCUGCUGGAAGCCAGUAGCAGAUACCAAAGCCCCUGCAUGCUUCUUCCCUAAGAACUGGGGUUAUGAAGUCACCAAUGUCCGUAAAAAUACAAGCACAGGGUUGACUGUUCAGUUGAAAAAGUUGUCAACACCAUCUCAUUUUGGAAAUGAUAUCGCUGAUGCCCUCUUCACAGCUGAAUAUCAGGCAGCUAACCGUUUUCAUUUUAAGAUCACUGAUUCCAAUGAGUUACGCUAUGAAGUCCCUCAUGAAAACAUCAACAUCAUGAACGGGACCGCUGAUGCGUCUACUUUGAGCUACUCUGUAGAGGUCAUCAACAUGCCCUUCAGCAUCCGAAUAAUACGAAAGAGCAACAGAAAAGUCUUGUUGGACACAGGCAUCGGGCCCCUUCAGUUUGCCCAGCAGUACCUGCAGAUGUCUUUCCGACUGCCCAGCUCCAACGUGUAUGGGCUGGGGGAACAUGUCCAUCAGCAAUACCUCCACAACAUGAGCUGGAACACCUGGCCCAUCUUCACCAGAGAUGCCACUCCCACAGAGGGCAUGGCUAAUCUGUAUGGAGCACACACAUUCUUCUUGUGCCUUGAAGAUACCAGUGGGGCUUCUUUGGGGGUUUUCCUUUUGAACAGCAAUGCCAUGGAGGUCACUCUUCAGCCUGCUCCUGCCGUCACGUACCGCACAACCGGGGGCAUUCUUGACUUUUACAUCUUCCUGGGAAACACGCCAGAGCAAGUAGUUCAAGAAUACCUGGAGGUUGUUGGACGGCCUUUCUUGCCUUCCUACUGGAGCCUUGGUUUCCAGCUCAGCCGCAGGGAUUAUGGUGGCACUGAGGGAUUGAGAGAGGUUAUAGAACGAAACCGUAAAGCUGACAUCCCUUAUGAUGUGCAAUACUCAGACAUAGACUACAUGGACGAAAAGAAAGAUUUCACGAUUGAUGAAAAGGCUUACUCCAAUCUUACAGAUUUGGUUAAGGACCUCCAUGACAAUGGACAGAAAUAUGUAAUUAUUCUGAACCCUGGCAUCUUCAAGAACCAUACCUAUGAGGCCUACAGGAAUGGAAGCCAGAGCAGAGUGUGGAUCAUGAGCUCCAGCGGCUUUGCGGUUGGGGAGAGUUAUCCAGGAGAGUCAGUCUUUCCUGACUUUUCCAACCCAGCCUCUAUUCCAUGGUGGACCCAGCAGCUCAGUGAGUUUUACAACCGUCUGGAGUUUGAUGGUGUGUGGAUUGAAAUGGAUGAACUCUCUACACUUCUUCAAGGUUCCAAUGUUGGGUGUGAUUCGAACGACUUGAACUCCCCACCUUUCACUCCCAGUGUCCUGGAUGGCUCACUGUUGGUAGGAACCCUCUGCAUGGACACAGAAUUUUACUCAGGCCUUCACUAUGAUGUCCACAGCAUCUAUGGCUACACCAUGUCAAGAGUCACAGAUUUGGCCCUGGGUACUGUCUUCUCACCCAAGAGGAACUUCAUCUUAUCGCGUUCUACUUUUGCUGGGUCUGGCAAAUUUGCUGCUCAUUGGCUCGGAAACAAUGCAGCCACCUGGGAUGACCUCCGAUGGUCCAUCCCCAGCAUCCUUGAGUUUAACUUAUUUGGAAUCCCCAUGGUAGGGGCCAACAUCUGUGGCUAUAGAAACAAUGUCACAGAGGAACUCUGCAGAAGAUGGAUGCAACUUGGAGCAUUUUAUCCACUGUCCAGGAAUCACAAUGGCCCUGCAUACAGGGACCAGGACCCUGCUGCCUUUGGCCUUGACUCUCUGCUACUGGAAUCCUCAAGAUAUUAUCUGAGUGUCCGUUAUACCUUAUUACCCUAUCUCUACACCCUCUUCUACCGUGCUCACACACUCGGGGAGACAGUAGCAAGGCCCCUCGUUCAUGAGUUCUAUCAAGACCCAGCCACAUGGGAUGUGCAUGAACAGUUCUUGUGGGGGCCUGGACUCCUUAUCACACCUGUGUUAUAUGAAGGAGUGGACCACAUAAAAGCCUAUAUCCCAGAUGCCAUCUGGUAUGACAUUGAGACACAAAUGGCUAUUGAAUGGAGGAAACAAUUUGUAGACAUGCCAUUACCAGGUGACAAGAUAGGGCUUCACCUUCGAGGCGGCUGCCUAUUUCCCAUGCAGAUAGCAAACGCAACCACAGAGGCAAGCCGGAAGAAUCCCUUCUGGCUCACUGUUGCCUUGGACUAUAAGCGAGAAGCAAAGGGCCAGUUGUACUGGGAUGAUGGUGUGUCUAUAGGUAAGCUUUCAAAUGGAGUCAUAAUGGCGGUUCUUAAUGAAAAUCAUUGUCAAAGGCUUUUCAGUAAGGCACCAACCCCAUUAUCACUAUUGUAUGUUUUAGUAUCUUAGAAAAUUCCAGUUGCUUCGAAAAUUAAAACUCAUUCUGGAAGUUCCAUUAACCGGAUAGAAUGAAUUGAAAUCAACUUCACGCAUAGACCUUUCUAUGUUAUUGACAUUGCCAGUGAAAUAAAUAGUAUUGCAUUUCAUUUCAUUAUUCUUUUCCGUAUACUGUCAUUAACAUCAAGCAAUACCUUUUUGUUAAUAGCUUA